AUGGACCAGGCCAUUUCCGGUUAUCCGAUCAGGCGACUUCUUUGUCUUCUGUUCACUGUCACAUUUGCUACCGGUUCCGGAAUCGCAAUGCAAUUUCUGCGCAUCCAGUAUGCCUACCAGGUAUUUGUCGCUGAGGCGAAACUACCAUCAAACUCUAGUGCGCCAACUCCCUGUAGUCCUUCUAAUUCCACACGAGAUCCAGCAAUUGUGACAAAGUUUGAAUGGGUACAAUCUCAGACUGCCUAUGUUUCGACGGUUUACAGUUUGGUGGCCGGCAUUCUAGGCUUGCUAAGUAUUAUCCCCAUCGGUUAUCUCGCAGAUCGUAAAGGACGUAAACUGGCCAUCAUUGUUGCAUGGGCAGGCACCUACCUGGAGAUUUUAAUCUCCUGUUUAGCGGUGAUUUUGAAGUUGCCGGUGUAUGUGCUCUUUAUUGGCAGUGUUCCAGCUGGCUUGGCAGGCAACGGGCUCAUCGCCGUUCAAACUCAGGUGUACACCGGCCUCGCAGACAUCUCCAUUGAACACGAUCCCGCAAACAAUGACAGCGCGGAGACAAGUAAACCACUUCUCGAUCCCGCUCGUCACAGACUCAUUUUAAUGGGCUCGUUCGACGCUGCAAUCGGUCUCGUCUACGCCGCGGUCACCUACGCUGUUGGUGAUCUCAUCUCGUCCAUCGGCUUUGUCGUCCCCACGGCACUGGCCAUAACUUUCGCCACUCUGUGCUGGAUAUUCGUGUUUUUCCUGCCCAAAACAGAUGCCCACCAAAUUUCGAGACGGGAAGACGAGGAGGUACUAGACGAUACUGUGGAAGUGUGGGAGGAGGAAGGUGAAGUUGAGGUGGCGUCGCCAACUCUUAUAAGUCGCGUCAAGUCGUUUUGCGGAUUCCUACACCCAGUGGCGUUCCUUGGAGUGUCUGUGAUCUUCAUUACGUCCUUCACCAUAUACUCCGACGCGGAUGUCGCCACUUUGUACUUAAUGGGGCAUCCUUUCUGCUGGAACGCGAAUCAAGUGGGCAUGUUCAUGUGA